GUUAGUGACGACACUUCCCCUCUCUUUUCCUCUUCUUGGAUUUAUCCCCGAAGUUUUUUUUUUUCUCGCCUCCGGGGCGCUGUGAAGUCAACUUUUCUCCCCUGUUUUUUUAUCCCAGUUUAAAAGUUAGAAACAAUCACCAAUAUGUCGCCGCCGUCUCGACGGCUUCAAACGAAGCCAGUUAUAACUUGCCUGAAGACUUUCCUCAUCUCCUACAGCCUCAUAUUCUGGGUCACAGGGGUGAUCCUGCUGGCCGUCGGGGUGUGGGGGAAAGUGAGCCUGGAGGACUAUUUCUCCCUCUCCUCCAACGAGAGCAGCACCAAUGCGCCAUAUGUCCUCAUCGGGACCGGCGCCACCAUCGUUAUUUUCGGAUUGUUCGGCUGCUUCGCUACAUGCCGCGGCAGCCCAUGGAUGCUCAAACUGUAUGCCAUGUUUCUGACCCUGGUGUUCCUUGCUGAGCUUGUGGCUGGUGUCUCAGGCUUUAUCUUCAGACAUGAGAUCAAGGCCAAGUUAGACGUUGCCUACAAUCACGCCGUUGAGUCCUACAACAGCACAGACAGCAGCAGCAUUGCCGUUGACGCCAUCCAGAGGAAUUUGCAUUGCUGUGGGGUGACAAAUUACACUGACUGGGUUAAAACAAAAUACUUUGAAGAGAAAGGAAUCCCUGCCAGCUGCUGUAAAGACAGCAACAACUGUAAACCUGAGAUCCUGAAGGACCUCGAGAAGGUUCAGACCGAGGUGUACACCACGGGUUGCUUUGCACUGAUGACCAAUGUGAUGGAGGCCAACCUGGGAAUCAUCGCAGGGAUCUCUUUUGGAAUAGCAUUCUUUCAGCUCAUCGGGAUCUUCCUGUCGUGCUGCUUGUCUCGAUACAUAACCAACAACCAGUAUGAAAUGGUCUAACAGUGAUAUUUCCACAGGUUUCUGAUGAGCAGCUCUGAAUGCAAACAGAGUUGAGAAAGAAUCUCCUGUGAUUUUUUUUUUUUUUAAUGUGUAUGUGUUAGUUGAUGUUCUUAUUUUAGAGAGGGAAAAACACUCACUGCUUCUCCUUUUAAUUCAGUGUCACCAAUGAGAAAUGAGCAGGAGGGAGUCAAAGAGGGAUAGUUUGACCAAAAAUCAAAAAAGGGACCUGGACAUUUCAUAUCAUGUCACUUCAGGGAUUAGAAGAGGGAUUUCCAUUUAGCAUAGACAACCUCUACAGUCAACUUUUCCAUUAGGUUGUGUCCUUUUUUUAAUGCAGCUGCCUUAUUUAGUAACCGUUCUUAAAUGAGUCAGUAGUCGUGCAGAUUAAAUCUAGAGAAUAAUCUUAUAAAUGUUUAACUUCUCUGCAACACUAAGUGAUCUUCUGUGAGGGAAACCCUCGUAGCUUUAAAGAUGGACGAGCGAUAAAGAAAGGGAUUUACAGUAAACCGAGCUUUACUGAUUCUGUAGCCAGUAUUGUUGAGACUGUGUUCAGUGUGUGCUGAUACAGUCGCCCAGCCAACUUUAUAUUCUGUUUUCAGUGUUAAAUUGUUAUUCUUUUGUGGAUGCAUGUGAAAUUCUUGAAAAAAAAUAAAGACAAUAUUUAGUGUCUUUAA